AUUUCCUUUAGCUUUUACGUUCAUAUUUCAACGCAUCGGCCUUUCCCCCCUAUGGACGUCGAAGUCAAGUUCCGCCUCAAGGACGCCGCCGUCCACCGUCGAUUAACCUCCAUCCUUUCUCCUUUCCGCGCCGGAACCCUCCAUCAACGGAACUUCUUCUUCGACACCCCAACAAAUACCCUUUCCUCCCGACUUUCCCUUCUUCGCAUCAGCUUCCACGAGGAGGAAGCCCGCUGCAUCAUUUCCCUCAAAGCCAAACCUACCCUGGUUGACGGUGUUUGCCGCGUGGAGAAAGAUAAGGAGGAAUUCGAUCCGUGUAUUGGGCGCGCUUGCGUAGAGGACCCUGCGAGGUUGGCGAGGAUCGAGUCCAGGAUUAUGAAGAGGAUUAGGGAUGAGUUCGGGGUCGGGGAAGGGGUGGGUUUCGUUUGUUUGGGUGGGUUUGAGAAUAAAAAAACGGAUUUUCAUUGGAAAAAUCUGAGGGUGGAAGUGGAUGAGACUAGGUAUGAAUUCGGAACGUACUACGAGAUCGAAUGUGAAAGUGAGGAUCCUGAUGGCGUCAAGAAACUGCUCGAGGAUUUCUUGAAGAAAAAUGGGAUUCCUUAUUCGUACUCUAAGAUGACAAAGUUCGAUAUUUACAAGUCUGCUGAGCUCCCCAAGUGAAGCGAUUUCCAGCACUGAGGAUGUCAUGCAGUCUACCAUACAAGCAAUGGUUAUGUAAUUCGAUUCGAAGACCUUGUAUCGUCGGCAAUGGACUGGGAGUUAAUUUGACAAGUAUUGUCUCUGCCUUUGUGGGUGUUUUCUAUGAAUUUCUUUUUAUUUUCU